AUCUCAAAAGGGUUUUUUCACAAUACAACAACCACAUGAUAAUCACCUCCAACCCACCAUCCCCAAAAAUUAUAUAUUUAUGAAAAGAAAUUUUGGAGUGACUUGUUAGGGUUUGAAUACUUAAUUUACCGCAUCAUAAAACAAACGCAUGAUGAUUGAACUAUAAAUCUAAUGAUUAAUAAACAGGGAGAGUAUACGAUUUUUAGAUAUUAAUCAUGUAUCAUAUACUCAUUCAGCACGUCUUUUCUUUAGCCUGUUUUUAAUAAAUAAAUUAUUAAACAUAAUACUUUAAUAUCAUAUCUCCUCAAACCCAUUAAUCUAAUACUUGUUCACUUCAUUGUGACUUUGGUUUGGCUUGUAUAAAAAGGGAGAACAGUGGAUCUUGAUCAUUAUCAAUGGCUACCCACCAUGUUGCAUAAACAAAAUUUUGAAGCACCCAAUUGUAAGGUCUAACUUUAACAUUUAGUGACUUGGUGGAAAGUUGGCCAAAACGAAAAGGUCAGUCCUCAGUCCUUGCAUUAAUAAGAGAGAAAUCUGUCUAUUUCCAUGGGCGUAGGAGAUUGCUAGGAGAAGCCAGAAUGGAAGUAUUGACCAUAGAUUUAGAAGACUUAGAAAACUCUCGAAUAGCCUCCUCUCUGGGGAUUUGUUUGAUCUCUUUAUCUCCACUUAUCAUUCGCUUUUGAUGUGCACUUCACUUUUCUCUGUUUCUUCUUCUCAAUUGUGGGGUAUUUUAGCCAAAAAGAAAUUGACCCAGAUCAGCUUUACAGCCAAGUAAGCUGACCCAUUAAGGAGUUCCAAUUAUUAUUUGUUUUGGUUUUGAUUAGUGUGGGUAUGACCAAGUCGAUUUGAGUUGACUUUGGUGUUCCUGAGGGCAUCCAACUUGGUGAUUUGGUGAGGUUCUUAUUGGUGUUUGUUGCAAGUGGCUGUUACAGAUUUUGCAGAUUUUUCAUGCAGGUUCUUUAAUAUUUCCACAAUUCUUUGAAUUGAUGUGGAGGCGGCCCAGGUCAGGACCAUAGGAGGUCUUUGCGAUUUUGGUGAAUCGUUGGAGCUCAGAGUUUGUACACUGGUGUUCUAUUUCUGGAUAGGCUCAGCUGAUCAAGCUUGGUUCCCAAUUUUCACUUUGGGAAAUUCCGAAGGUUAACUGAUUGAGAAUUUGGUGAAACCUUGGUGUUGAGAGGACCAAAACCAACUGUUUAGGUGGCAUUCAACUGGGAUAGAAAAUUCCGCUUGGGUUUUUGUAGGUUGGGAGUUGGUGAUUCUCUAAAGAUGGCUGGGGUGCAAGAUCAACUAGAGAUCAAGUUUCGACUGACUGAUGGAUCUGAUAUUGGUCCCAAAACCUUUGCUGCUGCUACAAGUGUUGCAACCUUGAAGGAGAGUAUUCUUACUCAAUGGCCUAAAGAGAAGGAGAAUGGUCCAAGGACUGUGAAAGAUGUCAAGUUAAUCAGUGCAGGAAAAAUACUGGAGAACAACAGAACUCUAGGGGAAUGCCAAAGCCCCCUGUGUGAUAUCCCUGGUGGCGUUACAACAAUGCAUGUAAUUGUUCAACCAUCUUCCUUGGAUAAAGAAAAGAAAUCAACCAGCCAAUCAAAGCAGAACAAAUGCGUUUGUGUUAUACUAUAACUACAGUUCCAUGAUCUUGGAUAACUAGGUAAAGAAUCUAGAGCUGAUUUAGAUGACAGCUGGUGAUUGCAUAAUGCUCAUUCAUCUCCAGUGAUCUUGGUGCCAUUCUUUGCCUUUGUAAUACGAGCUUCAAUCCAUUUCAUAUACGGUGAUUAUUACCCGGUUUGAAUUUGACUCAUCUUGUAUGCAACUAGAUCUAGAUUUAUAUGUUGAAAAUUACUGGUAGGAGCGUAUUCUCAUAUUUUUCAUUUAAAACACGCGUCUUGUUGUCUUGUAUCGUUCAUAUUUGCAGAAUCCAAAUGUAUUCCAAUUCCAAGUCAUGUCCAUAGUCCUUAUUUUACCAAGCCUCUGAAAGCUCCCAGCUUCUAACAUGCAAUAAAAUUGUUGGCUUGUACUGGACAAACAUGUUUUUAUAUUUGAACACUGGAGGAACUUUAGUUUUUCUUUUCCUUUCA